UUAAUUGUGCGCAUCACCAGUACUGCGGAGUGACUGACUGACUGAGCUGGACGUCUUCUAGAGGAGAGGAGAUAAACCAAUAAAUCUUCCAGAUUCUGUUGGGGUUUAUCUCAUAAUUAGCUCGGUUCGGCCUCUUGGGGGCUAAAACACGAAGGAAUCCUGGAAGCACCCGGAGAACCGCGGAUAUCCACGCGGCAAGGAUGCUUCAUGACCCGCGGCAGGUGUGAGGACAUGGCGGCGGAGCCUCCGGCGGCCCCCGGCCGGGUGGUGCUGGUCAAGAAGAUCAUCAUGAAGGACGGAGCGGUGCCGCAGCAGGGCAUCGGCCGGCCCAGCGUCUACCACGCUGUGGUGGUCAUCUUCCUGGAGUUCUUCGCCUGGGGUUUACUCACCACCCCGAUGCUCACCGUUCUGCAUGAAACGUUUCCUCAGCACACGUUCCUGAUGAACGGCCUGAUCCAGGGAGUGAAGGGUCUGCUGUCCUUCAUGUCCGCCCCGCUGAUCGGAGCGCUGUCAGAUGUCUGGGGACGAAGGUCCUUCCUCCUCAUCACCGUCUUCUUCACCUGCGCUCCCAUCCCUCUGAUGAGGCUCAGCCCCUGGUGGUACUUCGCCAUGAUCUCCAUGUCUGGAGCGUUCUCCGUCACCUUCUCCGUCAUCUUCGCCUACGUUGCUGACGUGACGGAUGAGAGGGAGAGGAGUACCGCCUACGGCCUGGUGUCGGCCACGUUCGCAGCCAGCCUGGUGACGAGCCCGGCCAUCGGCGCCUACCUGUCGGCCUGGUACGGAGACAACCUGGUGGUUCUGCUUGCCACGCUCAUCUCUCUGGCCGACAUCUGCUUCAUCCUGCUGGCCGUCCCCGAGUCGCUGCCGGACAAGAUGAGGCUCAACACGUGGGGCACCCCCUUCUCCUGGGAGCAGGCCGACCCGUUUGCUUCUCUGAGGAAGGUGGGUCAGGACUCCACCGUCCUGCUGAUCUGCAUCACCGUCUUCCUGUCUUACCUGCCGGAGGCCGGACAGUACUCCAGCUUCUUCCUCUACCUGAGACAGGUCAUCAACUUCUCCUCCACCACCAUCGCUGUUUUCAUCGGAGUCGUCGGGAUUCUGUCCAUCGUGGCUCAGACGCUCUUCCUCACGCUGCUAAUGAGAUACCUGGGCAACAAGAACACGGUUCUGCUGGGCCUGGGCUUCCAGAUCCUGCAGCUGGCCUGGUACGGCUUCGGGUCAGAACCAUGGAUGAUGUGGGCGGCUGGAGCCGUGGCGGCCAUGUCCUCCAUCACCUUCCCUGCUGUUUCUGCUCUGGUGUCGCAGUCGGCUGACCCGGAUAAACAAGGAGUCGUCCAGGGUAUGAUCACGGGGAUCCGGGGCCUCUGUAACGGCCUGGGCCCUGCUCUCUACGGCUUCAUCUUCUUCCUGUUCAACGUGGAGCUGAACACUCUGGACCCGAUCCAGGAGGAGUACAGCAUCGACCCGCUGCCCCUGCACGGACCCACAGAGCAAGCGCUCAUCCCGGGGCCGCCCUUCCUGCUGGGCGCCUGCACCGUGGUCGUCGCCUUCCUCGUCGCCCUCUUCAUCCCCGAGAAAACCUGCUGCUCCUCUUCCUCCUCCUCUUCCUCGGAGCUCUCCCUCAGCGACAAGCCCCUCCCAGACAGCAAGGAGGCGCUGUCCUCGCUGGCCGGCGUCCACAUCAACACGCCGCUGCCGGGCAGCGACGAAGAGGCCCCGCCCUCCGCCAGCGCCGAGGACUCUGAGCCGCUGCUGCACGACAGCAUCGUCUGAGGAGCCAUGGGGCGGAGCCUCUGCAGCCGGUGGGCGGAGCCUCUGACGCUGUGUUUUACUGUGUUUCCGUUAGCAACGCGGCCGGACUGAGUGUACUUUUCUCGUCGGAAGUUUUUGCCUCUUUGCCGAUCGGCGGGAUGAACUUUUAGCUUCAGAGGCGCGCCGUCCUGACCAAUCAGGAUCCAUCUUUGAUCCAUCUAAUGAGCCAAUCGGACGCAAGCAUGGAGGUCUGCAGGGAAGAAGGGGAAUCAAUCAGACGGGUGGGAGGAGGCAGAUCCUUAACGUUUUAAUGGAGGAUUUCACUUCAUCUUUAAGGCUUUUUUUUACUCUUUGGUCAUUUUGUGUUUUAAUUCAGAAGUAAACUUUAAUGGCAGCCAAAACGUCCGGGUUUAUUUAUACGUUUGUUUUUUAAAUCAGUCAGUGUGUUUCUGUGGGUGGAGAUUGUAUUAAAUCCAGCUAAAACAAGAGAAAUGAAUCGUUUUUAAUCUCACUGUGAGAUUAAACCAAAGCAAACUACUGAUUACUGACAAUAAUUAGAAGGAAACAGGAAUGAAUCCUUACAUUCUGAGAAAAACAAACAUUUUGGGUUUUAUUUUUCCCUGUGUGUCCCUCUACCUCCACUUUUUGUUUCUCUCAGUGCUGCUGGCUGCUGCCAGAGGAAAACCCUCCGCCUGGCUCCCUGACGCCUCGGGUCGGUUUAAUUCGCUCCAAACCAACUCAGUUUCACUCGAAGCUUUUUUCACUGGCAGCAGUGAAACUCCUGAAAACAAACUUUAUACUUGAAGCAUCCGACAGAGAUUCCAAGAGCUUUAGAGAAGAUUUGAAGCAGAGUUUUAACAGUAUUUAACUGCCACACUGUGUACAGAGUUAGCCAUGUCAUGACUUUAAAUGUAAAUGCACUUUUGAAUGAAACUCUGGUUUGUAAAUACUGUGAGUGUGACGUGGAGUCGGCUAGUCUUCCAUCUCCGGUCGAGUUUAGAGGACACAUAUCAUCACAUUUUCCUUUUUUACAUUUUUUCAAGUAUUUCGCUCAUGAAACGCUCAGUAAUUUUCUACAUCUGAAACAGAAAAAUGUUGCCAAAGAAUCCCGGUGUUCAACUCAGACCUUAGCAUCAACAUUCAGCUGAAACAUCAGUAGAAACUAUAAUCUGAGAUCAUAAACUGAAUAUUUAUGGGAUUUCUGCAGCAACCAGACCUAGCAAACCAGCACCACAUGCAGGAAGUUAAAAGCACCCACUGGGGUAAAUAGCUGCAUUUCCAUUACAAAUGUUGAUAUUCCACUAACAUAAAAAAAACGCAAUUUUGCAGUUGCUGUUUCCUUUAAAUAAGAAAUACAGUUAAAAUCGUGUGAAUAAGUUUUUCUAUAUAUAUAAUUUGUAUAUUACUGUAAGUCACAGAAUGAGCCAAACUAUGAAAACUAAAUCUGGUAAUUUGAAACAUAAACUGAGAUGUUGUUGACGUAGAUGUAGUUUCUGCUCCAGUUCUGACCAGCAUUUUUACUCCUCACUGGUACAUCCAACAGCAAGCCAGGCAGUAAUUAUUUAACUCAGGUUUCUCCAUAUAAUCUGUAAUUUCUUUCUUUUACUUUGGGUCAAACAACAAUAGCAAUGUAGCGUAUCGUUCUGUCACUUCACCCACUUUAAAAGCCUGCCUGACUCUUGAAAAGUCACUAGAAGCUAAUGCUAAACAUUAAGUUUCUCUCCUUCGUGUGGCUCAGACAGAGAAGAAAAAGCUAAUUAUGACUAAACAUGAAGAGUUUUGGUUAAUUUUGGCAACAAAAAUCCAAAACUUUCUUAGCUGAUCAACUUUAUGCUCACAAACAGCCGCAGUUAGCAUCUGAACUUCCUGUCCAGAUUAUGAGAUGAAAACAAUCCCUGAUUCAGAUUCAUUUAGUUUUUUAAUGUUUUCUAGCCUGACUGAUGAUACGUGUCCUGUAAAUCAAAGGCUAGCUGUUUCUGCUCUUGGAAUGCUUCUUCUGGCUUUUUAAUUCCCACCUCCAGUCAGAACCGCAGAAGCCUUUUCAGACGGGAGGAGGAACUUCUCCAGAACCAGAACAGAACUGAAGUGCCGUUCUUACAAACCUGGGAAGGCGGGAUCCGUUUUUCUCACGGAUCGGUUCGAAAACAUCUCCGUGUUUUCUGCUUUGUGGGCGAGUCCGGCCUCGGAUGGGCAGCUAGAUGUUUUUGUAUCCAAUCAGAGGCGAUCUCAGAAUGCUAACAGUCAGACCAGCAUCAGGGCUGGUUUGUUUUUAAACUGGAAUUCAGCAGAGCUGGAUUGAAACCACUUAAACACCUUUAUUUUUUUAGCUCUUUUGCUAAUCAAACGGUUUUCCUUUGGAAGUGUUCCCGCCUCUCCUCAGCGCUCCUGUAAAUACUGAUCCCAGCCGCGGCCCGGUGCGGUCCGCUGUGAAACCGGCCCGGUUCUGUAAAUACUGUACAUGGAUUGACUGGAUGUCUGUUGAUGUGAGCUGAACUGGGAUGUCGUCUCGUCUGGAGCUGUAUUGAUAUUAAAAACGUUUCCAACACGUUUCA